AACACCGACAAUGACUAACCGGGACAGGGAUCUGGAUCGCCAUCGAGAGCAAACCCAGCGAAAAGAUGGAGUCAGAUACAACAGAGGAAGUAGGUCUAGAAGCAGGAGCAGGGAUCAUAGCAGUGGAUCGAAUGCAGACCAUACUCGGAGUAGAAGUAGGAGCAGAGAGAAACUACCAGUCAAAGGAAAGCAUUUGUCAGGAACCAGAAAUGCAGUCCAGGCAGAAAAAACUCAGUCAGAGAACACAAGUGUGUCUUGGAGCAGCAAACAGGCUCAUCCUGGCCCAGUCAAGACGCUCUCUAAAGCGAAGCUGGAAACAUUCUCUGUUGGUAUUCAAAAAAAGUCGGCAUACCAAAAACAAAAAGAGGCCGAAGUAGCAAAGAAAAAGCGAGAAGAGGAAGAGGCUGCUAAAGUAUACGAAGAGUUUGUUGCCUCGUUUGAUCAACCUUCGUUUUCUGAAAAGAAUUGGGUGCAAAGUUCCUCGACUUUUACUGAUGAUCCAGAUGGUAAAAAGAAGUCUGAUAAAUCCAAGAUAUCGGAACCAAAUAAGGAUUCUAAAAUGCAACAGCUCAGUAAUGCAUACGUGGCGCAUUUGGCUACUCCUACUGGAAUGUCAGCCUUGUUACAAACACCAGAUCCUGAAGAUGCUACCGAGAAAACAGCAACAGCUCGUGCACCAAAGCGCCGGAAUUUGGAUGCAUUUCUUGAGGAACUUAAAAAAGAUAAUGCUGACACUAGCAAACGAUCACGUCAUGUUGAUAGCUCCCCAAACAAGGCUUUGGAGACGACCAAUGUGUUUGUUGGGAACAUGGCCAAGGCUGUAACUGAGCAAGAUUUGUGUCUUGAAUUUGGUAUUUAUGGGCCUAUUGCUAGUGUCAAGGUGAUGAAGCCCUUGAAUCUGGAAGAGUUGCUGCGCGAUCGAAAGUGGGGAUUUGUAUGUUUUAUGGAGCAUGCAGAUGCAGCGGCGGCUAUCAAAGGGUUGACUGGGAAGCAGUUACUUGUUAUGCCUGAAUAUGAGGUUGAGCGAAGAAAAAAGCAAAAGGCAAAUGCCGAGGCAGCAAGACAACGACUUGCCGGAGAUCGGUCCAACGAUGUUCGUGUGACUAUUCCAAAAGAUCCAUAUUUACUUAUGGUAAUUCAUCGAUCUAUUGAACGAGUGUUGAUGUUUGGAUUUCAUUUUGAGAUGCAACUCAUGACAAAAACAAAAGACGACGCCGAGUUUAUGUUUUUGCGAGAUACAAAGAGUCCUGAGCAUAUUUACUACAAAUGGAAGCUCGUGUCGCUUUUACAAGGAGACUCGACGGACUCGUGGAGCACAGAGCCGUUUGUUAUGAUUGAGCAUGGUCCGUUGUGGGUUCCACCAUCGACUCCGUUUCUUGACGAAUCCCCUGAUUUUGAUUUUGAUGAGUCUAUUGAUGAUGAUUCUGAUGAAUCUGAUUCAGAAUCAUCGAGCCCCGUGUUUCCAAAAGGUCCUCUGACUCGAGCCAAAAAGUUUCAUUUUGAGCAACAACUCCGCCAUAUCACUCUUGAACGAAGUCGUAUUGCGGUUUCCAUGGUGUUUUGUAUUGAACACUCGGAUGCCUCGGAUGAGAUUUUAGAUAUCAUUAUGCGGUCGCUACUUGUGCACAAUACACCCAUUUUUCCAACAAAACUAGGGAGAUUGUAUUUGUUGAGUGAUAUUUUACACAAUAGUGGUGCUAGCGUUCCCAAUGCGUGGCGAUACAGGUCCAACCUACAAAAACGAUUGCCAGAGGUGUUUUCCCACUUUGGUACACUUUGGAAAUCUAUCGAGUCGCGACUAAAGGCAGAGCAAUUGCGUAAAGCAAUCAUGACCGUCUUAGCUGCAUGGGAGACGUGGAUGAUAUUUACUCCAGGAAUCACUGAAGAGCUACGGCAAGUAUUUUCUGAUCCAACCAAACAUUUUAAUCUAGAUGGGUUUGCUACUGAAACUACAACUGUAGAUGGCGAAACAAAAGGCAACAAUGCACUUGAACACAAUUUAAACGAGGAUGCUGUUGCAGCCAAGUUUGUUCAAUCACGCUUUGCACCUAUAUCAGAUGUGAAGCCUGCUAAUGCACCCGCUAUCCCAUCAAAAAGCACUGAUGCUCUUGGUCAAGAUGGCUUUACAGUGUCAUCUUUUGUACUAUCAAGCAAAACCGUGGAUCAUUUUGUACAUCAUGAUGGCGGAGCCCAUGCAGUUAAAUCCACCAACGAACAAAAUUCUGCUCAAGCCGAUGAUGAUUCGGUUGAAGAGUCACUGGAUGAUCUUGAUGGGGAGCCUAUGAAUUUACAAACACAUUUGGGAUUUAAUUCAUCAGCUAAAGAAGGAUCAACAGUUGAUGAUGACGAUGAAGAUUUAGAUGGAGUUCCGAUGAAUACCAACAUCUACUCUAGCUAUACUACAGCUAUACCAUCCACCUUUGAAUCGGACGAUAUGUUUGAUCCCUGAGUCGAAAUCAUUGAUGUUGAUGUUGAAUUUGCUAUUAGUGAAUUAAAUGAGAUUUUAAUAAG